AUGGCGAGCGAAGCUGGAUGGUCUUGCGAUGCCAACGAUGCGGUUCAUGUUACCGUCAUCCAACCGGGCGAGAAGAAGCCGAAGACACUUUCCACGUUCCACCCCCAAUUCACCUAUCCAAUUUUUGGCGACGAUGAACAAAUUUUCGGCUACAGGGGUCUUAUAAUUCGCUUGCGCUUUGCGGCCCACGAUUUGCGCCCUCAUGUUCACAUCUCCUACGACGAAAAGUUCAAGUCAGUCGGUGACACAACUGCUGUCGACCUUCUCGCUACGUUGAAACCAUUUGUCCAGCAAGAGGCCUUCGCCAAUCUUCCAGAUUAUGAGAAAGCUGUUCAGAACGACCCAGACGCCAAAGACUUUAAACCUCCGGGCGAGUUUGUGAUUGGCUAUGAAGUGAAUGACAGGAAAUAUGAGAUCUGGUCUGGAUCGCUAGGAAACCCAGAAGUGCGCAAAAUCCUGGAUCGCAUGCAGGUCCUUGUGUCCCUCUUCAUUGAAGCCGGAACCCCUUUGGAGACAGACGACCCGGAAUGGACCCUCGAUCGGUGGACAGUAUACUUCGUGUAUGAAAAGGUGACACCUCCAACGCCAACAGGUUCAUCAUAUUCGAUCGUGGGGUAUGCCACGACGUACCGCUACUGGUAUUACCACCGGGAUCAAUCAGAAACACCCACAGUCAAAAACGACGAUUUCCCACCAUCAGAAGUCAACAUUGCUGAGCUUCCUGCCCGGAUUCGCAUUGCCCAGUUCCUUAUUCUUCCCUCACACCACCGCGCCGGUCAUGGCACUCACCUAUAUACCACAAUCCACGCGGCCUGCAUCGCAGAUCCAACCAUUUUGGAACUAACCGUCGAAGAUCCCAACGAACAAUUCGAUGCGCUCCGUGAUACAACGGACUAUUGUCUGCUGCAGCCGGAAUUCUUGAAGCAUGACGUGACUCUUAAUCCCGACCCUCUCGGGGCGUAUUCUCAAAAGAAACGCCCUCGCAAUGUGCCCACUUCCGCCCUCAUUCCCACCAAACUUCUCCUCGAUAUUCGCAAAUCAUUCAAAAUUGAACCUACUCAGUUCGCCCACGUUUUGGAGAUGUACCUCCUCGGCCAGAUUCCUCAAAGUCACCGCCUGGCCGGCGGCACAAAUCUUGCUCGGCUAUUGAUCAAGAAGUAUAAGGCCGACAAUGAGGAUGACCGACGUUACUACUGGUGGCGCAUGCUAACAAAGCAGCGUCUCUAUAAGAAACACAAAGAACUCCUAAACGAACUGGAGCUUCUGGACCGGGUGGAAAAGCUCGAUGCCACAGUCCAGAACGUGGAGGAAGGCUAUGAGAUUACAUUAGAGGCACUUGAGGGUCGCUUGUCAGAGGCCGAAACAAAUGAAGAAGCAGAGGCAAACGACCAGGCCUCCAAGGCCCCAACCGGUAGCCGAGACAAGCGUAUCAAGCGCAAGCUCACGGUCAUGGACGAGGAUGACGAGGAGGAGGACACAGCAGAGCCCGCUAAGCGACCGAAGGUUUAA